AUGGAUACUUUGUCUUUGAUAUUGAGCCAUAUCCCGGAUGAAUCAGAACCACUAAUAACUACUUUUGAUAAAGGAAGUAACUAUUUGCUCGGUGCAGAACUCAAAUAUCAAAAUGGUCAGUGGGAAGUUUGCAUAACCAAAAAACAAGACUACGAAGUGCAAACCAUGCGAAACUAUGAGAACUAUGAAGAUAGUUUAACAACAAUUCUUGAAGUCAUCGACAUGCCAGAUGAACUACCAAAAUGGGCUCGCUUAACAGCAUCAGAGACUCUAAAAGAAAAAUCUACACACACAUUCAUCGUUACAGCAGUUGAUGGUGAUAUUCAAAUAAAUGCUGAAAUAAAUUAUAAAAUUCAAGUUUUAGACAAAGUUAAUGCAACGAUCAUUGUCAUUAUUGAAGACAUCAAUGACCAUGAACCUGAAAUAUUACCUGAAAUGCUCUCUAUCACGAUAAAAGAAGGGAAAUAUACGACUUUAGAAUUCGAACAACCCGUUAUGAUUACCGAUCCUGAUUUAAUCCAAGCUACAGAAGUAGCAAACCAAAGUCAUGUUGGAAGAAGAAUAGUUUCUAUAGAUUUAGAAAAUUUGAACGAUGAAUUCCCAAUUUUUGAAAAUAAUUCUCUUACAGUAUCAAUUCCAGAAGACGUGGAGAAUAAUCAUUACAUUUGCACAAUGCUUGCUACUGAUCGGGAUGUGAAUGAUACUGUUAAAUAUUCACUCAAAACUCCGUCAAUCUAA